GUGAGAACGGCGUGGUUGCUGAUUUUGAAUUGGAAGAAAAUGAGAUUCGUUUUUCCUCUCUUGCAACGGAAUUUCCAUCUUGUAUCUUCGAAGAACCAGUUAGUUCCCUCAGGCUACAAGGCUGUGACGGAGUGAACGGAAAAUCGAUCUCUUCACCUGAGAACCACGAUGAAUCUUUACCCGGUGCUCGCCAUGCAUAUCAGCGAAGGAACAUUGACGUUUGUCCUGUAAGAACUAGUGAGCAGCUGAUAAUAGCUUCAAAUAAAAUUUCUGAAAUUGGAGAUAGAAUUGCCUCAUUUGGGUAUAGGAAAGGUUUAGUGAACAUCGAUGCCAAGUGUGGUGAACAGCAGUCACGACAGCAAAGCGAUGAAGGUCUUUUUGAAAAUGACAUAUCUUUCGCUAAGAAUUUGAGGGGAACUCUUAUUGGAGAAACUUUAAACGAAGGCAUGUCAAUAAGGCUACAAAUGGAUCAUACCACAGUGGAGGGUAACGACGAUCGGCGUCAAGUAGAUGAGCUGAGCGCGGCCAAAUGGCUCCUCAAAUGUCUUGCGCAACCCAUACAGAAGAAGACUGCUUGUCAGGUUUCAUCUAAAAUAGCUGGAGAAGGAAUCACUAAGCUCAAAUUUGAAAGAUGGAGGCGACAAAAUGAAAUAAAACACAAAAAUUCAGAUAAUUCAUUCAUCAGAUACAAAAUCCACCCCACAUUCCCGACGAUAUUUUCUCAUUUUAAGCUAAUUGUUACAUGCCUUGCGUUGUAUCUUUUCAUAAUUGGACCUUUCGUCCGCAUCCCCAACGUACACAAUCCGUGUUGGUCGCUGACCGACGACAACGACUGGACGCCGACGAACGAAGUUUUCCCUUCAACGUUCUUUGGACGCACCGCAGCGACGAAAUCUUCGGAACAUUGUUUCAUGAGAAGUGGGUUGCUACUGGCGGAGGCAUUCAGCAGCACCUACAAUGCGAAAGACUUCAGUCGCAACGUGACCCAGCUCCUAGACAGCCUUCUUGCGAACUACGACAAGCGAAUCCGGCCUGGAUUUGGAGAAGGCACGCCUACCAAGAUAAUGGUCAACAUGAACGUGCGCUCGAUGGGCCCUUUCUCCGAGAAGCUCGAGGAGUACUCGAUGCAGCUGUACAUGCGUCAGGUUUGGUACGACACGCGACUCAAGUUCAACAAAACAGACCUCGGGCGCUCGGAGUUCUCCAUGAAUUGGAUGUUUGCUAAGAGGAUCUGGAAACCCGACACCUUCUUUAUCAACGGCAAGAAGUCCUAUGCUCAUGCCAUCACCGCGCCCAACUUGUUCGUCCGUCUGCAGUAUGAUGGACAGGUCUACAUGUCCAUGAGACUGACGGUGAGGGCGAGCUGCGUGAUGCAUCUGCGCAAGUUCCCUCUGGACACUCAGACCUGUCCGCUGCGCAUCUCUUCAUAUGGCUACGACGCAAAGAACGUCACGUACAUGUGGGAUACGCAGAAAUACGUGACGGUGGACUCUGAUGUCAGCAUCGCUCAGUACGAACUCUUCCACAUCUCGACUUACGAAGCCGUUGUUCCCGUGCGCAGAAUUGAGGAGAUCUCUACUCUGACGGUGAAGUUUCACCUGAUGCGCUUGACUGGCUUCUUCAUGCUGCAAGUGUACGUGCCUUGCAUCCUGAUCGUCUGCAGCUCUUGGGUCGGAUUCUGGAUCACCAAAAAAGAUGCUCCAGGUCGCGUUUGCUUGGGUGUCAACAAUGUCCUCUGUAUGACCAAGCUUGGCUUUGGUGGGCGCGACUUAUUUCCACUGGUGCCCUAUCCCACUGCCUUGGAUUACUUCGUGCUUCUGUGUUUCUGGUUCACGUUCGCCACGAUGAUCGAGUACGCUGGCGUCAACUACUCACAGCGGUACGCUGUGGCUUCGCUGAACCUACUCAAAAAGCGCCAAGCCAAGCUCAGAGAAGAGGAAGAAUAUGUGGCUAAACUUGCGCGGGAGGGCGCAGGUUGCAUCAAAGUGAUCCCGUCGGUGCACACGUCACUGCUGGAGAGCUUCAAGGUUCAUUUGACAGCUUUUCCUGCAGCUUCAUCUGCAGCCAACACCGAAAAACCAAAACCUGACCCGAAAGCAAAACUCCUGCAAGCUCUGAAGCUACCCCUCUCCAUGGUACCCAAGGUUGCCGAUGAAGCGGCUCAGAAAGUUAGAGCUCAUACUGUAGAGGUGCCACCUUUUGAUCAUCAGUCACAAGAACACCUCUCAGCAAGUAAGUCUGGAUCAGAAUCUUCGUUGGCGCCCAAACACACCCCGAAAUUAUUGCAAAGACUUCAUGUACUGCAGAGACGAUUAUCCGCUCACGAUAUUGAUGAAACUGCUUCGCAGGUGAGCUCUACUCUACCUUCUCCACAACCUUCACAUCAUCCUUCUCUGCAAGGCAUGCCCAUGUUUGGUCGGCCUCUGCCAAGCCCACCUAUCCUGGAAUCUUCUGCUGAAGGCCUACCCGGAUCAACCGAAACUUCAUCCACUAUACGUGAAUCUCCUUCACAAGCCCCCGGCUCUAGCAUCACUGACCAGGCAACUCCAUCCUUAUCUCCUCGACUAUCAUCGUUGUCAUCUCUACCAUCAAGCGCUGGUCUUGUAUCACCGACCAUCACAACCACUCCUCCUCUUCCUGAAGAUCCAGUUAAGUCUCCUCCUCCGGGAACUCCAAGUGCCGAGGCAACAAAGCCACAAACCCCGGUGCCAAGCACUCCUGUUGGUACGGUCAUCAAAAUAGAAUCUGAUCCACCUCCUCCGCCGCCACCCGUCAAGCAAACCAUCACCGUGUGGCAGCUCUUGGUCAGGAAAAAGAUGCUCAUGAAAAACAUGACGCCUGCUUGUGAGCUACCGUGUGAAGAAGAUUUGCUUGACCGCUUCUCUGUAAUUGACUUGUAUUCCAGGCGGAUUUUCCCGACACUUUUCUUCAUAUUAUUCUCAAUUUAUUGGAUUCUCUUUAACUAUUACAUCACUGAUGAAUUCCCAGGGGAAAAAAUGGAAGCUCCGGACGGAUUAGUCAACUGACCGAGGUCCACUUUCGUUUUUGUAUCCGUGUAUUAUCUUUGUGUUACGUGUUGUGUCGAAAAGUUUUCUCUCAGUUUUGUCUAAUUGCGUUAAUUAAUGUAAUGAUUAGUCUGUAAUAUGAGCAUUGACAAUACAUUUCUUAAAAACUAAAAAUUGUCAUAAAAUAUUGUGGAAUGAUCGAAAUAGUUCAACGUUUGUCUUUACCUGUUAUUUUGAACAUAUUUCACAAAUUCAUCACACAAACUAAUGCACAGGUUAGCAAGAAUUUGUAACAAGCUAUGCUGUCAGUCUCAUUUUUUAAGUUUACUAUCUUAACAACAAGUUGAAAUGUAUAAUUUAAACGAGAGAUUAAUAUUGAAUACAAGCUAUACGAAGAGAUAAAGACUUUUCAUUGGGCACAAUCAAAUAAGCGUUUGAAUUGAAUAAGUUGUAUUCAUUUCACUAUGACCUGAUCGCCCUCUCAUGAUAGCGCGUGAUACUAAAAUUUUUUGGUCAUCACUCCGAGGUUUUGUCAAUAUUUUUUGUGUGUGUUGUCACCAAAACUAUUCAUCUCUUUCAGUUUCAUAUUAUAUUAUCGAUUUAAAUUUCCACAGUCCUAACAAUUUAUGCUACGUUGAUAUUAAACCAAUAAUCAAAUUAUUUUUUUAAUGUUCUUUGCUCUCCUUCGCACAACAUUCACAAAAGAUCUUUACAACAUUAUUGUCCAAAAUACUAAUUGCAUUUUACGCACACUUACGCUAUAUAUGUACAAAUUCCAUUGAGCCUAAAAAGAGGUGAUUAUUGCUGGCCUAUGAGGUAAUUCCUGGCGAUUUGAAACAGCGCGAACGAGCUGAAGAAGAAAAUUUGAUGGCUAUUGAGUAUCGAGAAAUCUAAUAAGAAAACUUUUCUCUUCAUUGUACAACUUAAGCUUGAAAAUUUGGCUGAUACGACGCUUCAGUGCAAUUCCGUUACAAGCUAUCAAUGGUUGCGAUGAAUGUUGAUCAACUAUUGCAUUAGUUUGAUUUAGCUUUUAUUCCUCAAAAAUGAUGUUUGCGUACAAAAAUCAGGUCCUAUUAUUUAAUAUGCAAUCGGAAUCUUGCGGCGGAUCCUCGUUUUUUGAAAAAAUUUGCAUUUUGUAAGCUUUAAAUCUAUUUCCGAGUGUUCAGAGCUCUGCGGCCUAACUGUUCCCUCUGUAGCAACGGAUAAUAAAAACCUGACGAAUUAAUAAAAGAAAUUUGAACUAGAAGUGGAUGAAAAUUUCGUCGUUAAAUUUUACUAACACUUAUCUUGCCACGAUUUCCAUCGAAUUUUCUGUUCACGAUCAUGUUUCUUUUAAAUUCUUUCAUAAAAAUAUCCAAUAAAUUGUGGCGAUAUUACGGUACCUCAUUUAGGAAUGAAAAUUAUACAAAACAUGUAAUGUAAAACUACCUCUCACAUAUUCAGAGCAGGCUCAGAUUGAAUGCCAACUAACUACAAAAUUUGUACUCGGUUGUUUGCUUUCGCAAUAAAAGAAUUUUUGGUGCAAUAAUUAAAUCUCACAUGAUGGUUGCCUUCUGAUGGCUGGAAGAACUGUUAAUUGCUCAUCUAGCAUAGGUCUGUGUGUUCUUAAAGUUAAGUGACUGUAAUUGCGUACGUUAUUCCUUCGGUUGUGUGGUGUUCAAUCCAAGUUAGAUUUAAAGGGUUGCCGAAUGUGUCCCAAGCUCCAGUUUUCCCUCCUUCCUAUCUUCUUGAUUUCGCUGUAUGUACUGAACGAUGUAACCACGCAUCAACAUUUAGCAAACAAUAAAAUUACUUGUAUAGUAAUUCAAAUUAGGCUACGCAACUUGAUUUCGAGGAAUUUGCGGAAAUUAUUUCAUGUGGAUGAAGUUAGGUACUAUGAAUGCACAUUGAUUGAGUAGAAAUAAAUUUACAAUUUCAGUGACGCUAUGAAGUUCUCUAAGGUAGUUCGCAAAAUGAACAACUCACUAAAUUUGAUUACUUUGUAAAAUAAACCAUAUCUGUAGCGUG